CUGACUGUAAUGAAUGAUGCUGCGGUCUGCUUGUCCCGGACCGGCCAGGAAGGCAUCCAUCUGGUGUGUGUAUCUCCUUGGGAAGUGCCGUCCGCGGACUGUGUUGCAUUCUGUUCCUGUAGGAAAGUAAGCAGAGAGCCGAGUGGAGCAGCAGCAGCAGCAGGCCCAUAGAGGAGAGCUAUAGCCAUGUCUUCCAGCUCAGCGAAUGUGCGGAUCCUGAUAAAGGGCGGCAAGGUGGUGAACGACGACUGCACCCAGGAGGCUGAUGUCUACAUUGAGAAUGGCAUCAUCCAGCAGGUGGGGAGGGAGCUGAUGAUCCCAGGUGGAGCCAAAGUGAUCGACGCCUCGGGAAAACUGGUACUGCCCGGGGGAAUCGACACCAGCGUCCACCUGGAGGAGAGCUUCAUGAACGCCACCACGGCUGACGACUUCUACAGCGGCACUAAGGCUGCUCUUGCUGGCGGUACAACUAUGGUGAUCUCACACGUUCUGCCAGAGAAGAACGAGUCUUUGCUGGACGCCUACGAGAAGUGCCGCGGCGAGGCGGACUCCAAAGUCUGCUGUGACUACGCUCUGCAUGUGGGAGUUACUUGGUGGGGACCCAAGGUGCGAGCUGAGAUGGAGGCGUUGGUGAGGGAAAAGGGAGUGAAUUCCUUUCAGAUGUUCAUGGCCUAUAAGGACAUGUUCAUGCUGAGGGACGGCGAGCUCUUCCAGGCUCUUCAGCAGUGUAAGGACAUCGGAGCUAUAGCAAGAGUCCAUGCUGAGAAUGGGGAACUGGUGGCAGAGGGAGCAAAAGAAACGUUGGACCUGGGCAUCAGUGGCCCAGAGGGGAUUGAAAUCAGCAGGCCUGAAGAGUUGGAAGCAGAGGCGACCCACAGGGCAAUUACCAUCGCCAACAGGGCCCACUGCCCGAUCUAUCUUGUCAGUGUGUCCAGUAUGUCUGCAGGAGAUGUAGUGGCAACAGCCAAGAUGCAAGGUAAGGUGGUCCACGGUGAAACAACCACAGCCCACGCUGUGCUGAACGGUAUGCAGUACUAUCAUCAGGACUGGGCCUACGCUGCUUCCUACGUUACUGUGCCUCCUCUCCGCCUGGAUCCCAAUACUCCCAAUUACCUAAUGAGCCUGCUAGGAAAUGACACUCUGAAUGUUGUGGGGUCAGACCACCGUCCAUUCACCAUCAAACAGAGAGCCAUGGGCAAGGAUGAUUUCACAAAGAUCCCCCACGGGCUUCCCGGCAUUCAGGAUCGCAUGAGCGUCAUCUGGGAGAAAGGAGUGAUCGGAGGAAAGAUGGAUGAGAAUCGCUUUGUUGCAGUCACAAGCUCAAACGCAGCCAAGAUCUACAACCUCUACCCGAGGAAAGGAAGGAUCAUCCCAGGAGCAGAUGCUGAUGUGGUGGUCUGGGACCCCGAGGGAUCCAAGACCAUUUCUGUAGAUAACCAGGUCCAGGGCGGAGAUAUAAACCUGUAUGAAGGUCUGCGUUGUCAUGGUGUUCCCCUGGUCACCAUCAGCCGUGGCCGUCUGGUCUAUGAAAAUGGCAUCUUUACAUGUGCUGAGGGCUCCGGAAAGUUUUGCCCCCUGAGGACAUUCCCAGAUUACCUCUACAAGAAGAUGGUUCAGAGGGAAAAGAGCCAGGCUGUGAAAGCUGUGGAACGGGAGCCCUACACAGGUGAAGUUGUUCCCGUGGCCAACUCAGGAAAGAGGGACUUUGGGGUUCAAGAUCUAGACACUCCAACACGCCCCUGCACCCGGCACGGGGGUGUGAGAGAUCUCCAAGAGUCCAGUUUCAGCCUGUCUGGUGCCCAGAUUGAUGACAACAUCCCAAAGAGAUCCUCGGCCAGGAUCCUCGCUCCUCCUGGAGGGAGAUCCAGCGGGAUCUGGUAACCAAUAAGACGGCCUUUACGUGAAGUGGAAGAAUGACCCCCAGGGAAACAUAUGGCCAAGCAAGAUGACUUGUUUUUCUUUGUGGAAGCUUAGAAUAUGUGUGGGUUAAUGGAGUCAUGUCUUUAUUUUGAACUCGGCACAGUUACAUAGGAUUGUUGAACUGUAUGACAUUUGCUGUAAUAAUAUUGGAACAUGGAUUAUGGAAAACUAUUGCUAAGAGGUUAUAGCUACCAAAUUUGAGUCAAAUAUAAGCAGCGAAUAAAAGAUCAGUUGCCAAUGAAUUAUUUGGCUGUUGUUAGGGGAAAUAUCUUACUAAUAGUUUUAGUAAUAUGAAGGUGAGUCAUGGUUUUUAUGAUGCGAUUGUGUUACCUCACUGUAAAAUACUAUUUUGCACUUGUAUCAUGUACUAUUUAGAUGCCUUUCUACAUGAUUUAAAGUCACGAAUAUCACAAAUGUCUUUUUACUGCGAGCCACGGUGAAUGAAAUGUAAUGAGUUAUUACAGGGGUGUCGGCAUGACAUUAAUGUCAGGUAUGAAAAAUAUGGUUGACCAAUUGAUGAAAAAUAUCAUAAUGCAAGCUAACCUUUUAUAUGCGUUUGUUUAUUUAUUUUUUAUAUUGCGUUAUUUGUGCUAUUUUCCGUCAAUGCUACUAUUAUAGAAUUAUUUCCUGAGUAAGAAUGAAGUCUUUGUCCAGUAGUUCAUCAUUGUCAGAUUAGCAUUUCAGAUCAUGUUUACAGCCUUAUAGCAGAAUAGACUUCUGUUCCACCCCCACCAAAUGUGAAUGAACCUAUGCUGUGUGUACUGUGCAUGGUAGCAUAGUUAGAACUACUGUAAGAAGCACUAAUGAUGCGCAGCAUCCUUUGUGAUCGUACCCAUUUUUCCACAGAGAGCAAAAAGUCUCACCCAAACUGCCUUUUUCUCACCUGAGAACACUGACACCCACAAACACAUCGUCCCACACCGCCAGCACAGAUCACUGAAUGUUGAUCGCUAGGGAUGGGAAUCCAAAACCGCUUGUAGUUGAGCUCCAAAUUGAAUGCCUCUGAGCCUAUCAAUUCCUUUUGUUGGAACCGACAUGUUUUUCUAAAGCAAGAAGUCAUGGCAGAGAGGAAGAAACGGCUCAUAGCGGGGCUUCAUUUCACAAAAAACAUGACAAUGGUGCUGUUUGCCUGUAAAAUGAUAAUUUCAAGUAAGGGUGCAAACACCAGCAGUAUGCUGAAGCAUCUUUAUACAAAAUUGGCUUCCAGGAAUACAUGUAUUUGACACUCUCCACAAGAGGGCCACUGCUUCCCAACCAAGCAACACAUUCAAUAGUGAGAGUAAAUAUCCUGUUAGAAAAAAUCUGCUAAGCCUGUCUGCAUGGUGCUAUUGUUAUUAUGACUAAGAAAACCUAAAGGAAAACAAAUGCUGCACACAUCUCCUCUCAUUUCAUCAAGACUGUGUAAAGACUUCUGUGUAGGAUUACAUUGGGGUUACAUUUGUGUCUUUGUUGUGUAAUCAAACAGAAUAGAUUUGAGGGCAAAACUAUCUCAACUACAAAAUGAAAAAAAUUACAAGGAAUAAGUAAGUCCCCACACACAAAAUUAUUCAGGUAUCAAUAAGGGAAUUGAUAAAGAAUCGGACAGAUGUGUAGAAUUGACUAUGACAGUGGUAUCUAUUCCCAUCCCCUUUGAUUGAUGUGGUUUCUCUGACAGUGGGCACUUUUUACUGGUCUGAAUCGGCAGGGUGCAAAAUGUUCCUCUGUCUGACACUUCCACUGUGAAGCAUGCAGAGAAGAUGAAGGGAUCCUCUUCAGCGUUCACAGAGUUGAAGUUUAACAGUAGAUGUGUUUGUCAAUUAACGGCAUUUCUUCAGGGGAUCAAAUGCCUUCACACUACACCACUGAAGCUCAGCAUCAUAACUGGAAGGCAUGCAUGUUUAGCAACUACAUAAAAGCACUGAUACUAAUACUGUAUAUUUAUUAUUUUUUGUGUUUAGUUGGAGUUUUCUUGUGAAUAAUUGUCUUAGUUAUUGUUUUUGUUUUUUCUGUUAAAACUGCAGUGUAAGCAGGGAUGCACACAAGAUGUUGAUCAUAUUUAGACUCAGUUAUGUUCAGAAGAUCAGUAAAAGUCCUACAUCUUUGCUUCUUUCUUUCUUUUUUCACUUUUAGAAGCUCCAGUGAAUCUCGUUGUGUCUUCCCCCUCCCAAAUGUACACUGGUGCUGACAAUGUGUCGUCACAUUGACUUCCUUUUAUCUCCUUUUUCUUCUUGCAGCUCUUUAUCACAUGAUUUGAGUGCAAAUAAACCACAAUGAAAUCUCUAACUGAA